AUGCCAGUCGACGAUGUCGAGAAAGGGUAUCAUACCGCCGACGAGUGUCAGGAGGACUCCAAUAAACGAGGCUGGCUGCACCGUCUCGGUAUAGGAUGUUCCAUCAAACAGCAAGGGCGAAAGGUUCAGGAGGAGGAAAAUACCGAUGUCCGCGCUCUCGAGUGUGCCGUGGCCGGAUGGCCAAGGAUCGCGACCUUCGUUGACAGCGACCCAAACUUUAUGAUCUACCGGCGUUUUGGCUGGCUCCGGACUCGACUCCUUCUGUACCAACAGGACGUCAUUCGAGAGAUGGAGUCCAGGCUGGACUACCAGGACAUGCAGGACGCCGCAUCGGCAGGCACACGACGCUACCUGUCGAACCGGGAUGGCGACGACAUGCGAACCCCAGCUGUCCGCAAGGCCUUGUUUCAGGAGCUCGACUCGCGAUUGAAGGCUUAUGUAGAUGAUCUUUUGGCGCGCUCCGCUGCCUUGUAUCAGUGGCAGAGGCCUGACGAACAGGACCGCGCCAGUAUCGCCAAUUUGAUUCACAAUGACGGGAGCCUCGCCCAAAGGGACAGGAGAUGGAUCAGGAAGGUUGACGACUUGAUCGUGCUCGGCGGAGAACCGAGCUCUUCCUGGGUCCACGGCCUUGUCAGCCACAUCUUCACAUGGGCCAGCAGGUCCUUGGUCCGAUGCUUGCUGCGCAACAAAAUCCAGGACCGGAAACUCGAAGGUUCGACGAUACAUGUCCAGCUAUACGAGAGAAAGCGAUUCAACCGCGUGGUCGGAUUCCUGUACACAAUCGCCAUUGUAGCCUUGAUAAUGGGACCGGUGUUGGUCCUCUACAGGUUGCGACACCUCGAUGGUUAUACACAAAACUUGUUGGCAUUUGCGUUCACGAUAGCUUUCGCUUUGCUUUGUUCCACAGCAACGGCUGCAAAGCAACACGAGAUAUUUGGCGUCACUGCGGCAUAUUGCGCGGUACUCGUAGUCUUUACCAACCAAAACACGAGUGGCGCCGCACAAGCGCUGACGACGAUUCCAAACACGUCUUCGUGA